UUGUUUGAAAUAUCUCCACAGGUAGAGAGGCACUUAUAGUUAGACAGGUCUUUCACGCAGCUUCUAGCUGCAGGAGAGGGCUCCUGAAAACCAUUGCAAAAGCGUCUGUCUGCGGACCAAUUCAAAACACACCAGCAUGGACAAAUUAGGGAGAGAAUUGACUGAAAGUCCGGAAAUGACCAACAGUGAGGAACGGCAGCAGACCACCCAUUUUAUUAAAGAAGAGUGUGUUACCUGUGGAGAGAGCCGAGGAUCACAAAUAAACAUAAGUGGAAAGAGAACUUGCCGGUGUGUACAGUCUAGAGAGGAACAAACAGAGGUGACAGGAGAGGAACUGACGAGAGAGCAAAAAUACAACGGUCGCAAUGUUAAAGAACCCAGUUACAAUGUUGGAGAGGUUGAGUUUUUUGGAUUUGGCAAGAAACAUGGCAAGUUCGUACAAGUGUCCUGUAACACUCACCCAGCUGCUAUCUUUGAGUUGCUGACUGGAGAUUGGAAUUUGCCGGCCCCAAACCUAGUUGUCUCAAUCGUUGGAGGAGAGGAAAAUGUCCUGAUGAAACCAUGGCUUCGGGAUACCAUCCGGAAAGGCCUUGUGAAAGCAGCUCAAAGCACAGGAGCUUGGAUUAUUACAAGUGGUUUGCGAGCUGGAAUCACCAAACACAUCGGGGAGGCAGUCCGUGAUCAUGCCAUGGCCAACACAUGCUCUAAAAUCAAAGUCUUUGCAAUAGGAAUAUCGCCGUGGAGAAUAAUUUCUGACCGUGAAGCCUUAGCCAAUGUUAAGAAACAUUGUCCAGCAAUAUACCAAGUUGAGGAGACAACUGAAGGUCCUCUUUACUCCUUGGAUAACAACCAUUCCCAUUUCAUCCUGGUGGAUGAUGCCACUCCCAAUGGGACCACCACAUUGUGGCUCAAACUACUGAAACAUAUUUCUGAACAGCGGACUGGCUAUGCAGGAACUGGCAGUAUUGAAAUUCCUGUGCUCUGCGUUCUUGUCCAUGGUCAUCCAGAACUAUUGCAGAAAGUGUACCAAGGGAUGGAAAACUCUGUUCCGUGGCUAGUCCUGGCAGGAUCUGGAGGCAUUGCUGAUGUUAUUGCCUCGUUGAUGCAUGGACCUUUGGUUCCAGAGACUGUACAAGAACAACUUCAGGAAAAAUUCCCAAGGGAAACCUUUUCCGGGGAGAAUAUUCUCAAAUGGACCAAACUGAUUCAAAACAUUAUGGCCAAAGACCAUAUUUUAACAGUACACAACUCAGAACAGGAGAGUUCUGAGGACUUGGACACAAUUAUGCUGAAAGCCCUUGUCAAAGCAUGUAAGAGUCAGACUCAGAAAGCCCAGGAGUAUCUGGAUGAACUAAAACUUGCUGUAGCCUGGAACAGGGUGGACAUUGCCAAGAAUGAGAUUUUCAAUGGUGAUGUGGAGUGGAAGUCUUGUGACCUGGAAGAAGUAAUGAUGGAUGCCUUGGUGAAUGACAAGCCAGAGUUUGUCCGGCUGUUCAUUGACAAUGGGAUGAAUAUGAAUGACUUCCUCACCUAUGGCCGGCUCCAGGAACUCUACCGUUCCAUCUCGCAGAAGAGCCUCCUGUAUGAGCUCUUACUGAAGAAACACGAGGAGCAGAGACUUACUAUAAGUGGCAUGAACUCCACUUCACACCGUCAUACACCAGAGAAGAGGCCCAAGUUUACCCUAUAUGAAGUAUCUAAAGUGCUAAAGGAUUUCCUACACGAUGCAUGCAAGGGUAUUUUCCAGGAGUCCAACCCCUCUCGCAAGCAUUUGGGUGUUAAGAAAUCAAUAACAGAAUUGAACAGCAAAUUACGCGGUCAGAGGUUGUUUGUGAUGCCUGAUUUAAGCCAGAAGCUGGAAAACCCUUGGAGGGACCUCUUUUUGUGGGCUAUCCUACAGAACCGACAAGAAAUGGCUAACUACUUCUGGGAAAUGGGUCCAGAAGCAGUGCCUGCAGCACUGGUCGCAUGCAAGAUUUUGAAAGAAAUGGCUCACUUGGAAUCGGACACUGAGACAUCUCAGAGCAUGAAGAAGGCCAAAUAUGAUCAACUGGCACUAGACCUCUUUGGCCAGUGUUACACUAACAGUGAGGACAGAGCUUUCUACUUGCUGAUUCGCAAGACCAAGUACUGGAGCAAGACCACUUGCCUGCAGUUAGCGACAGAAGCAGAUGCUAAAUCCUUCUUUGCACAUGACGGUGUUCAGGCACUGUUGACAAAAAUCUGGUGGGGCGAUAUGUCAACGGAUACUCCAAUCUGGAAGUUGUUGUGUGGGUUCUGGUGUCCUCCUCUGAUAUUCACCAACCUUAUCACCUUCAGUGCACAUUUCCCAUCCAUAGGUAAAUCUGAACAGUUGAAAGAACUGGACAGCUUGGACACUGAGAAGGCUUUUCUGCUCCAUGAUGAGGCAAACAGCGAUCAUGACGCAAAGGAUAAAAAAAGGCUUUGUGGAGGGAACCAACGGAGAGAAUUCAUUUUAAGAAGGUGGAAGAAAUUCUGGGGUGCUCCAGUCACUGUAUUCCUGGGGAAUGUGAUCCUGUAUUUUGCAUUCCUGUCUCUUUUCGCAUACAUUUUGCUAGUGGAUUUCAAGCCCCCUCCCCCUAUUGGUCCUUCUAUGGCAGAGGUAACGCUGUACUUCUGGGUUUUCACUCUGGCGCUGGAGGAGCUGAGACAGAGUUUUUUCACUGAGGGAAAUACGAACAUAGUGAAGAAAUUUAAACUGUAUGUAGAGGACUCCUGGAACAAGUGCGACAUGGUGGCCUUGGUGCUGUUCAUUGCAGGAGUGACGUGCAGAAUGCUAACAGUCUCCUAUAAUGCGGGCCGCACGACUCUGUGCCUGGAUUUCAUGGUGUUUGCUCUGAGGCUGAUCCACAUCUUUGCCAUCAAUAAACAAUUGGGUCCGAAGAUCAUCAUUGUGGAACGAAUGAUGAAAGAUGUCUUCUUCUUCUUAUUCUUUCUGACUGUUUGGCUCAUUGCUUAUGGCGUGGCCACUCAGGCUCUGCUCCACCCCAAUGAGACUCGCGUGGAUUGGAUCUUCAGGAAUGUUCUCUACAGGCCUUACCUUCAGAUAUUUGGCCAGAUUCCCCUGGAUGAAAUAGACGAGGUUCGGAUGGUCAACCGAUCCUGCUUCAGUAACCAAGCCAACAUGACAAAUGAAGAUAAUUUACCCUAUUGCAUUAAUCGUUAUGCAAAUUGGCUGGUCAUCAUGCUUCUGGUUGUCUUCCUGCUGGUCACUAACGUGCUGCUGUUGAAUCUUCUAAUUGCAAUGUUCAGCUAUACCUUCCAGCUUGUCCAGGGAAACACUGACAUAUUCUGGAAAUUUCAGCGCUACAACCUAAUUGUUGAGUAUCACAGCAGGCCUGCUCUGGCUCCACCCUUCAUCAUCAUCAGCCACUUAAACCUUUUCAUUCGAAAGAUUAUUAAAGAACCACAGCACAAGCAGGAGCAUUUUGAAAAGCACUUACCAGAGACCUUGGACCAGAAGCUCAGAAUCUGGGAGUCUGUGCAAAAAGAAAAUUAUUUAGCCAGUUUGGAAAAGGGAAAGAAAGAAAGCAGCACUGAAAGAUUGAAGAAGACAUCAACCAAGGUAGAUUCAUUAUUGAAAUCAAUCAGUGGUCUUCAAGAACAAGAGAAACGUCUCGUAACACUUGAAACAAGGAUGAAAUACUGCAGUGAUGUUCUAUCCUGGAUGAUUGAAUCCUUUACUCAGCACAAUAUGCAUUGCAGCAGACCACCUCCAACAUAUACAGGUAUUCUUAUUUUACAUCAACUAAGCUUGCUGAUACAGUAAGA